CAGAGCGAUUCACGUCCCGGAAGCGGCCGUGGCGGUGGCGGCGUAGGCGGAGGAGAUUUUCGGACUUGCGACUUCCGAACGGCCCUGGCAGGAGGAGCGGCGUUCGGCCGGGGCGGGCCUGAGGAAACGCUCUGGGGCCCAGUGGCUCUCCCCCUGCUCCUGCCCGAACCUGCCGUCUCUCUUACGGAGCCAGUGGCCGGGAUGCAGACUUCAGAACGUGAGGGGAGUGGGCCGGAGCUGAGCCCCAGCGUGAUGCCCGAGGCUCCCCUGGAGUCUCCACCUUUUCCUACCAAGUCCCCAGCGUUUGACCUUUUCAACUUGGUUCUCUCCUACAAGAGGCUGGAGAUCUACCUGGAACCCUUGAAGGAUGCAGGUGAUGGUGUUCGAUACUUGCUCAGGUGGCAGAUGCCUUUGUGUUCCUUGCUGACCUGCCUGGGCCUCAACAUCUUGUUCCUCACUUUGAAUGAGGGUGCAUGGUACUCAGUAGGUGCCCUGAUGAUUUCAGUGCCCGCCCUGCUGGGCUACCUUCAGGAGGUUUGCCGCGCACGGCUGCCUGAGUCUGAGCUGAUGCGGAGGAAGUAUCAUAGCGUGAGGCAGGAGGACCUGCAGAGAGUUCGCCUGUCUCGUCCCGAGGCCGUGGCUGAGGUGAAGAGCUUCUUGAUCCAGCUGGAGGCCUUCCUGAGCCGCCUGUGCUGCACCUGUGAAGCUGCCUACCGUGUGCUGCACUGGGAGAACCCCGUCGUGUCCUCACAGUUCUAUGGGGCUCUUCUGGGCACGGUCUGCAUGCUGUAUUUGCUGCCACUCUGCUGGGUCCUCACCCUUUUAAACAGCACCCUCUUUCUGGGGAAUGUGGAGUUCUUCCGAGUUGUGUCUGAGUACAGGGCAUCUCUGCAGCAGAGGAUGAACCCAAAGCAGGAAGAGCAUGCCUUUGAGAGCCCUCCACCACCAGAUGUUGGGGGGAAGGGUGGUCUGAUGGACAGCACGCCUGCCCUCACACCCACGGAGAGUCUCUCUUCCCAGGACCUCACACCGGGCAGCGUGGAGGAGGCUGAGGAGGCUGAGCCAGAUGAGGAGUUUAAAGAUGCGAUUGAGGAGACCCACUUGGUGGUUCUGGAGGAUGAUGAGGGUGUCCCGUGCCCAGCAGAGGACGAGCUGGCCCUGCAGGACAACGGGUUCCUGAGUAAGAAUGAGGUGCUGCGCAGCAAGGUGUCUCGGCUCACGGAGCGGCUCCGCAAGCGCUACCCCACCAACAACUUCGGUGUGACAGGAGCAGGCAGUUCUUAAGGGCUCAGAGCAGCCAGGUUCCAGCAGUCCCCAGUAGCACUACACACAAGAAGUAUUACUCUGGUCCAGCAAAUAAUUUUCUAUUUCUACAACUUCUAAGUUAAGGUACUUAGUUGUUCCCAUUUUACAGAUGAGUAACCUGAGGUAAAAACAGUGCUUUGUCCAAAGACUUUAGCCUGGAAAUGGCAGAGCUGUGACUCAAAUUCAGAUCGUCUAAUUCGGCUCUUGUGUUCUUUGUACCUCUUCAUCCUCCCUCUCCAUUUUCCCUUUACUCUCAUGUGUGGAGUCCCUUGUUUUAUGCCUGUCCCGCUUUUGCAUUUGAUUUUUGAUUUGGAUAAUCUCUGCCAACAUGGGCAGAGGCCUUUUCAGUUUCCCUCAAGGAUAGCAAGGGCAGAAAGUGCUUCUUUUCCUAAACCCCUCUUAGCUCCUCAUCCUUCAAGACCACUCACUUCUUUUCCUUUUCUGAAAUGUUCUCAAGCUCUUUGCCCUGAGGACAGGUGUAGCAGCUCUGCUCCUGCAGCCUCUGCUCAUGGGUCUGGGUCCUGAGAGCAGGGCGAGGGGAGCUGCUUUGGGGGCUAUCUUUCUCCAUUUCAACUGCUAUAAUGAAAUACACUAAGCCGCGUGGCUUUUAAGUAGUGGAAAUCUUUCUCAGUUCUGGAGGCUGGAAGUCCAAGAUCAGGGUGUCAGCAGGAUCAGGUUCUGGUGAGGUCCAUUUCCGUCAUCAUAGACAGCACCUUCUUACUGUGUCCUCAUGAGAAGGUGGGAGGGUCACAGCAGUUCCCUGGGGCCUCUUUUAUAAGGGCACUAAUCCCAUUCACGAGGGCUCCACCCUCAUGACCCAGUCACCUCCCAGGGACCCUGCCUUGGGUGUUAGGAUUCCACAUGUGAAUGUUGGGGGACUGUAGCGGGGGCCAUUCUGUUUACCCCUGCCCGUGGAUGAGGGGAUGCAUGGGGAGAAUGAGGGCAGACUGUGCAGGAGCUUCUCUGUGGCCUCUGUGUGGGAGAGGUCUUGGUGGGGAGGGCCCUCCUUUGUCCUGGAGGCUCCGUGACUGUUGCCCUGGCAGGUCCCACUGGGCCUUAGUGCCCCUGCUCUCAUGGCCUCGGUGGCAUCAUCACAUGGUGAGUGAGGAUGGGUGAGUCCAGGCCGUUGCCGAGAAGGGGCAGAAAGAGUUGGUAGGUGUUGGAAGGGAACAUCACCUGAGUGAGGUGCUGUCAGUGCCCAGAGCCCUCCCUGGCUCUGGCCUGUGUGUGGGUUCACAGCUGUCUCACCAGCCCACUUGGCUGUCCUGGGCUGCUUGGCCCUGGCAUCCCAUUCAGUUCAGAGGAGCCCUUGGGCACAGGCCAGUGUCAGUCUUUGAGUAGCUCCUUUUGCCUGUCCCAUUCACCUGCCUCCCUUGUUAAGGAGAGGCUGGGGCAGGCUGGCUUCCCCAAAUUCUUAGUGUAGGGACAGAAUCUUGGAGCAGCCAGUUUCCUGGUUUGGCACCAGCAGCACGCUCGUUCUUCUCUUUCCCUGGCUGAUGGACAGAGUGGGCAUUUAUCUGAAGCGCUUUGGCCUCAGAUUUCCCCUGGCUCUAUCUCAGGUCUUCCUUUCCCUGAACCUAGGGAGUCUCCUUUAGCAAGAACUUCAGGUGAUUUUGGUUGGACAGAGGAAGGGACCACGUGUAGCCGUCAAUAAAGCUUUGGGGCCUUUGUGUGAAAGUGAGGCAUGGUGCUCUGUACCUGCCCAGACAGGUGGUCUGGCUGGGUCACAGCAGGACUAUGGGCCCCACAUCCCAGAAACCUCCUCCUUCCCUAUCUUUCCUCUCCCUUUACACCCUAUUGUUGUCUUCUAGCCAUUUUCUAAGCUGCCGUUGCCCCUCCACUGUUGCCGGGCACUUGGCCAUCCUGGCAUCUCUGGUGGUUUAGGCAGGACCUUGCCUUGCUCUGCGUCCCCCCAUGCCACUCACUGCCUACCACAAUUGAGCAUUCUACCCUUCAUGUCUUCUCGGAAUAUGCCUGGCUCUCAGCUUCUGUCCUACAGUCUUCAGGGGACAGAAAGCAGGAGUUUGGGUUUUUAGGAGGAGUUUCUGUCUUUAGCCUGUGGGUGGAGUAUUUGUAAGGCGUUGCUCUGGAAAGGGUCGUGUUAGGCAGGUGUCAUUUGGGAAUGCCUGUGGUCAGGUCCCUGCCAGCUUAGCUGGCUUUCCAGGAGUGGAUUCUGCUGGGUGCUCCUUGAGUUCUGUUGAACCUGCAGGUGGGGCCACUCAGCUCUGGAAGGGUUCAGGGACUGGUACCUAUGUAUGGCUGGAGACAUCAGUUCUCAGGGGCUAUCAGUGUUCUUAGUUUGAGUCCUUCUUUCUGGCUCUGAAUCUGGCCUUGCUCCCUGGCUCACUGUGUCCACCCAAGGAGGCUGGGCAGGUGUCCUGAGUAUCCCAUUUAGAAGUGCCAGGAGCAGGUGAGCGUGAGAGUCCUGGGAUGGGCGGGGACUGAGCUGCUGCUUCUGUU